AUGCUAAAUUUUAUUACCGAAGCAAGUGGAAGAAUAGCCCAAACGGCUGCCCAUAGACCUAUUCACUUUAUGGUGAUACCAGCAUUAUUGGCAUCCAUUGCAUACUUAUCCAUCAUCGAUGACUAUGUCCCAGAACAUAUUAGAACUCAAUACAAAACCGGUGUUAGUUAUUACCAUCCACAAGGCUCGGCCUCAGAUUUGGAUAAAUGGAUUGAAAUUCAUGAUACUACUGAAUAUGCCAAUGCCAACCAAAUCAGCGUCAUCCCAUUGAGAUUUAGAAGAUUCCAUGAUGCAAUUCCACAUAUUCCAAACGCUAUUAAGAUUUCAAACAAUGAACAAAUUUUAAUUGUCCCAUCUGAAAAUGCAGGAUCCACAUUAGAAGGAUUAAGUGUGUUUACCGAAAAUGGUGUUACUUGGAAGGCUAGAAAUAACGAUAAAAUCUCCAAAUACUAUGAUUAUGCUAGAUACGGUUUCCGCAAAAUUCAAGAUGCUAUUCACAAUGCUGAUAAUUUCGAUAUUAUUUUAGUUUUUGUUGCCUAUCUUGGCAUGUGGUAUUCUUUGAUUAAGGUUUUCGUUGAGAUGAGACGUAUUGGAUCUAAAUUUUGGUUGGCAUUUGGUACUUUAACUUCUUCCACAUUUGCAUUUUUGUUUGCUUUAGUGGUCGCAAACAAAUUUUUGGAUGCUAAAGUUUCCUUGAGAAGUCUUUCUGAAUGUAUCCCAUUUUUGGUUGCCAUUAUUGGAUUCAAGCACAAAGUAGCCAUCACCACUAGCGUUGCCAAGGCAUCGACUUCAUCGCCAGAAGAUGUUCCUCAUGUUGUCGGUAAGGCUGUUUCCUCCCAAUGUAUAUUCAUCUUGAGAGACCAUUUGGUUGUCAUUGUUGGAUUUCUCGCCUGUGCGGCUUAUGGGAAUGAAUUGAAAGGGUUAAGAAACUUCUGUAUCUUGGGUGCAUUGAUUUUGUCCUUUGAUAUUAUUUCUGUUUACACUUUCUUUUCAGCCAUCUUGGCCUUGAAAGUUGAAAUCAACCGUGCACGUCGUACUCAAGAUUUGCAAUACGUUUUGGAAGAAGACGGUAUUUCAUCAUUAGUUGCUGCUAGAGUUGCUGAAAGAAAUGCAACUAUCGAACAUCCAAACGAAACCAAUUUCUUCAAGUCUAAUAGCUCUUCAAUUGUUUACUUUAAAGUUAUCAUGAGUCUCGGUUUUUUCGCCUUCCAUGCAUUUUGGUUGGGUAGUUCAUGGUUAUACAAUACUUCAGAUGGAGGUGCCCGUGGAAGUUUCUCAUUCCUUAGUAAUGUUCCACUUUUAACUGAAGAUAUUUCUAACUCCAUUCCAAUUGGCAGAAAAGGUACUGUGGUUACUAUUUUGCCAACUACUUUCUACAUGCCAUCAGGAAUUGUUGUUCAAUUUGAAGAUAUAAUCUACUUGACUUUAAGUAAAGUCAGCAGUGCUAUUAGAGAUAGUUUGAUUUCCAAGUGUAUUGUGUUUGUUUUGUUCAUAUCUAUUUUUACAAACGUUUACUUUUUGAAUGCUGCUCGUUUCCAAGUUUCUGCCACCCGUAAGUUGAUUGACCAAGAAAUGUCUCGUCCAAAAGAAGUUGUUGCUGCCGAAGCAAAUGUUCCAGUUAAACAAAACAAACCAUCUAUCCCAAGAUCAAUUCCAGAACAAGACGAGGAAGACGAAGAAACUUCCAGCGAAGAACUUGAAAUCAAAGCUCCAGUUAAAUUGUUACCACUUGAAGAAUGUACUAAAAUUCUUAAGGAAGGAAAAGUCAAGACUUUAUCUAAUGACGAAGUUUCAAGUUUGGUUGUUGGUGGUAAAUUGCCAUUAUAUGCAUUGGAAAAACAAUUGGGUGAUAAUAAGAGAGCUGUUGCUGUUCGUCGUAAGGCUAUUGCAAAAUUAGCUAACGCGCCAGUAUUGGAAUCUAACCGUUUGCCAUAUUCUCAUUAUGAUUAUGAUAGAGUUUUUGGAGCUUGUUGUGAAAAUGUUAUUGGGUACAUGCCAAUUCCAGUUGGUGUUGCCGGUCCUUUAGUUAUUGACGGAAAGCCAUACCACAUUCCUAUGGCUACUACUGAAGGUUGUCUUGUUGCCUCUACUAUGCGUGGUUGUAAAGCUAUCAAUGCUGGAGGUGGUGUUGAAACUGUUUUGACAAAAGAUGGUAUGACUAGAGGUCCUUGUGUUCGUUUCCCAACAUUGAAGAGAGCUGGUGCUGCUAAAUUAUGGAUUGAUUCCGAAGAAGGUCAAACUACUAUCAAGAAAGCUUUCAAUUCCACAUCAAGAUUUGCUCGUUUGCAACAUAUCCAAACUGCACUUGCUGGUACCUCAUUGUUUGUUAGAUUCAGAACUACCACCGGUGAUGCUAUGGGUAUGAAUAUGAUCUCAAAGGGGGUUGAAUAUUCCUUGAAAUAUAUGGUUGAAGAAUGUGGCUGGGAUGAUAUGGAAGUUGUUUCUGUUUCAGGUAACUAUUGUACUGAUAAAAAACCUGCUGCCAUUAACUGGAUCGAAGGUAGAGGUAAAUCAAUUGUCGCUGCCGCAACAAUUCCUGCUGAAGUUGUUACUAAAGUAUUGAAGUCUGAUGUCGACGCUUUAGUUGAAUUGAAUAUUUCCAAAAACUUGGUCGGUUCAGCCAUGGCCGGUUCUGUUGGUGGAUUUAAUGCCCAUGCUGCCAACUUGGUUACUGCUGUUUAUUUGGCUUGUGGUCAAGAUCCUGCACAAAAUGUCGAAUCAUCUAACUGUAUUACUUUGAUGGAAAAGAACAAAGAAACUGGUGAUUUACAAAUUUCAGUUUCUAUGCCAUCUAUUGAAGUCGGUACUAUUGGUGGUGGUACUAUUUUGGAACCUCAAGGUGCCAUGUUAGAAUUAUUAGGUGUUCGUGGUCCUCAUCCAACCAAUCCUGGUGACAAUGCAAGACAAUUGGCCAAGAUUGUUGCUUCCGCUGUAUUAGCUGCCGAAUUAUCACUUUGUUCUGCCUUAGCCGCUGGUCAUUUAGUUCAAUCUCAUAUGCAACAUAACCGUAAAGCUGCCACUCCAGCUGCUCCAGCUCCUGUAACCAACGGAACCAGUAAACCAAACGGUGCCGUCAAUGGUAACGAUUUAAAACGUCUUCAAGAUGGAUCAGUUAAUUGUAUAAAAUCAUAG